ACACUCUGAGAGGUUUGGAUCUCAACAGGCCUACAGGAUAAUGAAAUGUCACAGGACACAUGUUUGGGUCAGUAUCUUCUCUGUAUGGGUGUGUAAAUGUUUGUAAAGGUGGUAAAUUUGGCGUAUAAGUGAAACUUUACACCUUUUACUCCUGCUUUUUCUUCCUAACUGAUUUCCUAUACCUGUGAAGUGUUAUCAUGCUGUUUCAUUCUGUCCAAAAAGUUAAUAAUUAAGAAGGGAUUCAUUCAACAUCUCCAUGACAAAUUGCUGCCUGCAGCUGUGCAUCACGGGCCCACUGAGAGGCCAUUAGCAUCCUACCUGCCUUACCUGUGGUGGUUUCUAUAGAAACACACAUGAGGGUGGAAGGUGUUGUACUCACCUUUGAGCCUUGGUAAACAACAGAGACUUCCCCGGUGAAUCCAAUCAGUCAGUCACCUCACUGCAUUGGAUCCUGUUGGAGAUGAUCAGCUGUUGACAGAAGGACAUUUGACUUUCAGAUAGAGAGGAGCUUGUUAGGUGGACACACAUUCUUGGGGCUGGGAGGUGGCUGAGAUAGAAGUGGGCAUGUUCUUGAGCACAGCUUCUCCCCGGAGGUCUUUCAGCAUCCCCAUUAACAUCAACCUGCAGGGUGCUCGCAGACGGCAAACACGACACAGAGACUUCUACUCAGCGACAGCUCAGGAUCUGGAGUGGAGCAGAGGGCUGGAUGGACGUGGAGGACAGCGAACUCGGACCCAGAUGCCAGUGUCGAGUGUGGGGGAGGACAGAGCCAUCCUCCUGGGCUUCAGCAUGAUGGCCUUCUCUGUGCUUAUGUUCUUUGUGGUUGGCAUCACUAUGAUCAAACCUUAUGUUAACAGUAACUGGGAGGAGGCCAGCUGUGUUCUGCUGAAGACUGAAAUCCUCGAGGAGUGGGUGGACUGCAGAGGUGUGAGCACCGUGCCUUGCCUCAGGGCAAUGGUUAACCUCACUGGCUCCAAUCAGACAGCUUUUCUCCACUUUGACGAGGAAUUGGUCCAACUCACUCUUGAGUGUUUCUACAUACCCAAAUGCCGGAUGGACAGAAAAGAACUUCUAAAGGAAGUUAAGACACUGAAAAACAUCUUGGACACUCAGCUGGACAACACCUCACUGUGUUUCACUGACCACACAAAGCACCCAGUGGACGCCAUCUUGAACAGAAAGCACACCUACAAGGAUGCCCUGUUUGCAUUGCUGUGGCCCUGUCUGAUGCUGGGUGGGGGAGCUCUGUUGGUGGGCCUUGUGAAGCUGACACAGUACUUAUCCCAUCUGUCCGCAGAAAUGUGCAGUGAGACCGCGGGAGGCAGGCUGACAUCAAGACACACUCAGGGCAAACCGUACAGACUCCUCCGGAGGUCCAGCAUGCAGUCUCCUUCAUGACAUAUCCAGUGUGUGUGCUGUAACAUACAAAAAAUGCCAUUUGUAAACAUGCAAUUGGUACAUAAUGUGAAGGCCAUAUAAAGACACUCACAGUAAAAUUGUGUUUUAAAAAUAUAUGAAUGACAUAAUUUUUGUGUUAUUCUCAUACUUUUAACAGUAAGUGCCAUUGAGAAAACUUCUGAUCCCAAAUUGUUUGAGAGAGAUCAAAAAUAAGAAAAGUUGAAAUCAAAUAGUAAUUCAAAUAAUUCUGUCACGUUAAUGAGAGUCCUCCUGAUAUGAUAAGCACAUUUAUAUAUUCUAAAAAGAUAGGAGGUAAACAUUUUAAACAGAUGUUUUAUUUAAAGCAAACCAUAUGUUUUCUGUUUCAGAAAACCAGACAAUUGAACCUGCAUGUGGUUAACAUGCAAACAUUUUAAAGGGCUGCAUUCAACAAAUGACUUUCAGUAUAAAUGAGUAUUCUGUCCAGGCUAAAUUGAGACUAACUUAUCACCAUCUGAAAAUAUUGUUUUGCUGAGCUUCAGUGACAUAACUUUUCACCUCUCUCCAGGUUGUCAGUACACUUUGACAUCAAUGCUGGGUGUUUGCCUACAGAUAAAACAUAUGACAUUUCUGAAAACCUUCAAUCAAAGAAGGGAAACAGCUUUUCAGCCAAGAGUUAAGUGAUCUUUAGUGAUUUUUACAAAUAACCCCAACAGCAUAUACAAUGUUAAUAUGUCUUCUUUAAGCUUCAUUCUUACCUGCUUUAAUAUAUUGAUAAUGUAGGAUACAAUGCAUGAUGGUUUGUGAAAUGUGAAACAGCUACUGGCUGAUUCGGAGCUUGACGGAGGACACUUGUGGGUCAACAUGAUUGUACAUUAUAUUUUGGAGUCACUGCAGUCAGCUCUUAAGAAUCACACAACGUACUUGAGGAAAGACUUUUGACUCAAAAGAUAAAAUUCAAGGCCACUCUUGAAGGUUUAUACAUACCAGUACAGUUCGCAGUUAAGCACCUUCAGCACAGGUUUCUAUGGAAUGACUGAGCAUGAAAAAAACUUGUUUUUACACAGGUUUACCAGUGUUUUUGAUAUUCCUGACUGACAGUGUGGAACAAGGUUUCAAUCUUUACAGUAAAGCAUAACAAUGCAAAAAUGCCUCAUAAAUUAGUUAUUUUUAUCUGAGUGUAAAUC